AUGGGCGGCAGAAAGCGGCCGAGGGGCGGGAGGAAAGCGGCCGAGGGGCGGGAGAAAGGAGCCGAGGCGGGAGAAAGCGGCCGAGGGCGGGAGAAAGCGGCCGAGGGGCGGGAGAAAGGAGCCGAGGGCGGGAGGAAAGCGGCCGAGGGGCGGGAGAAAGCGGCCGAGGGGCGGGAGGAAAGCGGCCGAGGGGCGGGAGAAAGCGGCCGAGGCGCGGGAGGAAAGCGGCCGAGUGACGGGAUAGGAGGCCCGAGUGACGGGAUAGGAGGUCCGAGUGACGGGAGAGGAGGCCCGAGGGGCGGGAGAGAGAGCCUGAGGGACGGGAGAGAGAGCCCGAGGGGCAGGAGAAAGGGGCCGAGUGCUGGGGCGAGAGGGGGCCGAGGCGCGGGGGCGAGAGGGGCCGUGGCGCGGGGGCGAGAGGGGCCGUGGCGCGGGAGAGAGUGGGGCGAGGUGCGGGGGGUGGGGGCGAGGCGCGGGGGGAGAGGCCGAGGGGCGGGUGCGAAAGGAGACGAGGGGCGGGUGCGAAAGGGACGAGGGGCGGGGUCGAAAGAGGCAGGGGCGGGGUCGAAAGGGGCCGGGGCGGUGUCGAAAUUGGGCCGGGGCAGGGUCGAAAUGAUCCGAGGGACGGGACAAAAGGGCCGAGGGCGGGAGAAAGGGCCGAGGGGCGGGAGAAAGGAGGGGAGGAGGGGCGGGAGAAAGGGCCGAGGGGCGGGAGAAAGCGGCCGAGGGCGCGAGAAAGCGGCCGAGGGCGCGAGAAAGGGCCGAGGGGCGGAGAAAGGGGCCGAGGGCGGGAGAAAGGGGCCGAGGGCGGAGAAAGCGGCCGAGGGGCGGGAGACGGCGGCCGAGGGGCGGGAGACGGCGGCCGAGGGGCGGGAGAAAGCUGCUGAGGGGCAGGAGAAAGGGCCAAAGGGGAAGAAACAGGAGAAGAGAAAGGGACCGAGACGAGAGAGAAAGGGGUCGGGACAGGGAAGGUAG